AUGAGUUGUGAUAGUGAUUUUAUUAAUUUACUUAAAAAAUAUAAAAUUAAUAAGGGCGUUGUUCAUAGUUUUACUGGUAAGUUAGAUACUAUGUUUAAUAUUAUCCAGUUAGGUCUUUAUAUUGGAAUUAACGGUAUAUCUAUGAAACUUGGUAUUAAUAUCGUUAAAGAACUUCCGUUGGAGCGUAUGUUGAUUGAGACUGAUAGUCCAUUUUGUUUAAUUAGAAAAUCUUGGGUUGCGGCUAAUUAUCUGGAUCAGGUAAUUAAGGCAAAAGAUAAUUGUCCUAGUUAUAUUUAUCAGAUUUGUGAGGUUAUUUCAAAAAUUAAGGGGGUAAAAUAUGAAGUCGUAAGAAGAACAGUUUAUCAAAAUACUAAAAAUUUAUUUAAAAAAAUAAAAUGA